AUGGGUUCCGUACCUCAGUCUACCAGCACUUUCGACGUUCUCAUCCUGGGCGCAGGUCUCUCGGGCCUGUGCUCACUCUAUCAGCUUAAGAAGCGUUUCCCAGAAUGGCGCGUCAGGGUUCUUGAUGCUGCGCCCGAUGUUGGAGGCACUUGGUACUGGAACUCUUACCCCGGAUGCCGAUUCGACUCUGAGUCGCUGUCUUACUGCUUCUCAUUCGACAAGGAGCUACUGGAUGAGUGGCACUGGAAAGAGGCCUUUUCGCCUCAGCCAGAGACUCACAAGUACAUCAGUCGCUUUGCUGAGAAGCACAAUCUCAGGAAGGAUGUUCAGCUCAACACGACUGUCACAAAGGCUACAUGGAAUGAGGCUGAUCACACAUGGACCUUUGUAGAUGAAGCUGGUAACGAAUACGUCUCCACCUUCUUCAUCAGCUGCAUGGGCUUCCUCUCUGCGCCCACUCUACCCGCGAUUGAAGGCAUUGAAGACUUCAGCGGCAAACUAUUCCAUACUUCUCGUUGGCCCAAGGAUCUCGACAUCAAUCGCGACUUUGUGGGCAAGAAGAUUGGAGUCAUCGGCACAGGCGCGACAGGCAUUCAAAUCACAACUGCCGUCUCCAAAGUAGAUGGCGUGGAAUCUCUCAGCGUCUUCCAACGCACAGCCAAUUGGUCCGCUCCUCUUCGCAACUCUGAAAUCACCAUCGAGCAAAUGGCCGAGCAUAAGAAGAACUAUGAUAAUAUCUUCCAGAUUUGUGAAACGAGUUCAUCUGGUUUCAUGCACCACGGUGACCCUCGAAAGUCUCUCGAGGUCUCGGAAGAAGAGCGACUAGAGCUCUGGGAGAAGCUUUACAAUACUCCUGGUUUUGGAAAGUGGCUGGGCGUGUUCUCUGAUACGUAUACCGAUCGAUACGCCAACAGUCUGUAUUCCAACUUUAUGGCUGAGAAGAUCAGACAACGGGUUAACGACCCUGCGAUUGCAGAGAGCCUUAUUCCCAAGGACCACGGCUUUGGCACGCGCCGAGUCCCCAUGGAGAGUGGAUAUUUUGAGGCCUUCAAUAAGUCAAACGUUCACCUCGUUGAUCUGAAAAAGACGCCAAUUGAUCGCGUCACACCAUCAGGCAUCCUGACCUCCGAUGGUGAGGAGCACAAGCUUGACAUUCUGAUUUGCGCAACUGGCUUCAAUGCCAUUACCGGCGCUUUCAGUGCCAUCGACUGGCAUGGCAAGAAGAACAGACCGUUGAUCGCAACUAGCGACAGCCCCAAGGGUGACCAAGCAGUCUGGGUUGACCACCGACCCCGAACAUUCCUGGGUAUCACUGUUCCGUCGAUGCCAAACAUGUUCAUGGUUCUUGGUCCCCAUCAGCCAUUCGGUAACGCUACACGUAACAUUGAGCACGGUGUGCAGGCUGUUUCGGAUAUGCUGCAAUACUGCAAGGACCACGGUUACACUUCUGUGGAACCAACAGAAGAUGCCGUUGAGCAAUGGACCGAGCAUGUGGUGCAGUGCAGUGAGAGCCAGGUUCUCAUGAAUGAGAUUGAUAGUUGGAUGACAGGCGUGAACAAGAACGUCAAGGGCAAGAAUGUUAGAAGUGUUGCACGAUACAGCGGAAGCAUUGGAGAGUAUAGAAGGCGGUGCGCUGAGGUCAAGAAGUCGGGCUAUAGGGGUCUUGUUUUCGCAUAG